AUGUCAUUAAUUUCCUGGAAUUCUUGGAAUGAAAGUAACCUCAAUCGCGUCAUUGAACAAUUUGAUCCAGUGAGUUUUUUUGGAAUUCCAUCAACUUUAUUUGACAGUAAAGACAUUAUUCGGUAUUCUAACGUGAAAGCAGUAAAGUUAAACAGCGGUAAUUGGGAUUAUUAUACACCAUUCAAAGGUUGGAUAUGUUAUAGUUUAAAUGCAGAAAAAUUUGGUUCUACAUGGGUAAUCUCUUUAGACUCUUCAGAUGAAUGGAUUUUUGGGUUUCAUGGAUUUAGACGUGAUACACUACAAUCCUUACGAUCCAUAGCUGAAGAGCACUUAAAAAUCGAUUGUGCCGCUGAUAAUAAACAGUUCGCCACCUCCAAAGAUGUCGGACCUAAUGCUCCAUUCUUUAAUCAAAGCACAUGUGGAAAAGACUAA